AUGGACGUGGACGUGGAAGACGUGGACGUGGACGUGGACGUGGACGUGGACGUGGACGUGGUCGUGGACGUGGACGUUGACGUGGACGUGGACGUGGUCGUGGACGUGGAGGACUUGGACGUGGACCUAGACGUGGACGUGGACUUGGACGUGGACAUAGACGUGGACGUGGACGUGGACGUGGACAUGGAUAUGGUCGUGGACGUGGACGUGGACGUGGUCGUGGACGUGGACGUGGACGUGGAGGACAUGGACGUGGAGGACGUGGACGUGGACGUGGAGGACGUGGACGUAGACGUGGACGUGGAGGACGUGGACGUGGACGUGGACGAGGACGUGGACGUGGACGUUGACGUGGAUGUGGACGAGGACGUGGACGUGGACGUGGACGUGGACGUGGAGGACUUGGACGUGGACGUGGACGUGGACGUGGAUGUGGACGUGGAGGUGGACGUGGACGUGGACGUGGACGUGGAGGACGUGGACGUGGACGUGGAGGACGUGGACGUGGAGGACGUGGACGUGGACGUGGAGGACGUGGACGUGGACGUGGAGGACGUGGACGUGGACGUGGAGGACGUGGACGUGGACGUGGACGUGGACGUUGACGUGGACGUGGACGUGGAUGUGGUCGUGGACGUGGAGGACUUGGACUUGGACGUGGACGUGGACAUGGACGUGGACGUGGUCGUGGACGUGGUCGUGGACGUGGUCGUGGACGUGGUCGUGGACGUGGACGUGGACGUGGACGUGGACGUGGACGUGGAGGACGUGGUUGUGGACGUGGACGUGGACGUGGUCGACUUGGACGUGGACCUAGACGUGGACGUGGACUUGGACGUGGACAUAGACGUGGACGUGGACGUGGACGUGGACAUGGAUAUGGUCGUGGACGUGGACGUGGACGUGGUCGUGGACGUGGACGUGGACGUGGAGGACAUGGACGUGGAGGACGUGGACGUGGACGUGGAGGACGUGGACGUAGACGUGGACGUGGAGGACGUGGACGUGGACGUGGACGAGGACGUGGACGUGGACGUUGACGUGGAUGUGGACGAGGACGUGGACGUGGACGUGGACGUGGACGUGGAGGACUUGGACGUGGACGUGGACGUGGACGUGGAUGUGGACGUGGAGGUGGACGUGGACGUGGACGUGGACGUGGAGGACGUGGACGUGGACGUGGAGGACGUGGACGUGGAGGACGUGGACGUGGACGUGGAGGACGUGGACGUGGACGUGGAGGACGUGGACGUGGACGUGGAGGACGUGGACGUGGACGUGGACGUGGACGUUGACGUGGACGUGGACGUGGAUGUGGUCGUGGACGUGGAGGACUUGGACUUGGACGUGGACGUGGACAUGGACGUGGACGUGGUCGUGGACGUGGUCGUGGACGUGGUCGUGGACGUGGUCGUGGACGUGGACGUGGACGUGGACGUGGACGUGGACGUGGAGGACGUGGUUGUGGACGUGGACGUGGACGUGGUCGACUUGGACUUGGACUUGGUCGUGGACGUGGACGUGGACGUGGACGUGGACGUGGACAUGGACGUGGUCGUGGACGUGGACGUGGACGUGGACGUGGACCUGGACGUGGACGUGGACGUGGACGGACGUGGACUGGACGUGGACGACUUGGACGUGGACGUGGACGUGGACGUGGACGUGGACGUGGUCGUGGACGUGGACGUGGACAUGGACGUGGUCGUGGACGUGGACGUGGACAUGGUCGUGGACGUGGUCGUGGACGUGGACGUGGACGUGGUCGUGGACGUGGACGUGGACGUGGUCGUGGACGUGGUCGUGGACGUGGACGUGGACGUGGUCGUGGACGUGGACGAGGACGUGGACGUGGACUUGGACGUGGACGUGGACGUGGACGUGGUCGUGGACGUGGACGUGGACGUGGACGUGGAGGACAUGGAGGUGGAGGACGUGGACGUGGACGUGGACGUGGACGUGGCCGUGGACGUGGACGUUGACGUGGACGUGGACGAGGACGUGGACGUGGACGUGGACGUGGACGACUUGGACGUGGACGUGGACGUGGACGUGGACCUGGUCGUGGACGUGGACGUGGACGUGGACGUGGAAUUGGACGUGGACGUGGACGUGGACGUGGACGUGGAGGUGGACGUGGACGUGGACGUGGACGUGGAGGACCUGGACGUGGACGUGGAGGACCUGGACGUGGAGGACGUGGACGUGGAGGACGUGGACGUGGACGUGGAGGACGUGGACGACCUGGACGUGGAGGACGUGGACGUGGACGUGGAGGACGUGGACGUUGACGUGGUCGUGGACGUGGACGUGGACGUGGAGGACUUGGACGUGGACGUGGACGUGGACGUGGACGUGGUCGUGGACGUGGUCGUGGACGUGGUCGUGGACGUGGUCGUGGACGUGGUCGUGGACGUGGACGUGGACGUGGACGUGGAUGUGGACGUGGUCGACGUGGACGUGGACGUGGACGUGGAGGACGUGGUCGUGGACGUGGACGUGGACGUGGACGUGGAGGACGUGUACGUGGAGGACGUGGACGUGGAUGAAGUGGACGUGGACGUGGACGACGUGGACGUGGACGUGGACGUGGACGUGGACGUGGACGUGGUCGUGGACGUGGACGUGGUCGUGGACGUGGACGUGGACGUGGACGUGGUCGUGGACGUGGACGUCGAUGUGGUCGUGGACGUGGACGUGGAGGUGGUCGUGGACGUGGACGUGGAGGACGUGGACGUGGACGUGGACGUGGAGGACGUGGACGUGGACUUGGACGUGGAGGACGUGGACGACGUGGUCGUGGACGUGGACGUGGACGUGGAGGACGUGGACGUGGACGACGUGGACGUGGACGACGUGGACGUGGACGUGGAGGACGUGGACGUGGACGACGUGGACGUGGACGUGGACGACGUGGACGAGGACGUGGACGUGGUCGUGGACGUGGACGUGGACGUGGAGGACGUGGACGUGGACGACGUGGACGUGGACGACGUGGACGUGGACGUGGAGGACGUGGACGUGGACGACGUGGACGUGGACGUGGACGACGUGGACGAGGACGUGGACGUGGUCGUGGACGUGGACGUGGACAUGGACGUGGACGUGGACGUGGUCGUGGACGUGGAGGACAUGGACGUGGACCUGGUCGUGGACGUGGACGUGGACGUGGACGUGGUCGUGAACAUGGUCGUGGACGUGGACGUGGACGUGGACGUGGACCUGGACGUGGACGUGGACGUGGACGACGUGGACGUGGACGUGGUCGUGGAGGACGUGGACGUGGACGUGGACGUGGAGGACGUGGAGGUGGACGUGGACGGGGACGUGGACCUGGACGUGGACGUGGUCGUGGACGUGGACGUGGUCGUGGACGUGGACGUGGACGUGGACGUGGACGUGGACGAGGACGUGGACUUGGACGUGGACGAGGACGUGGACGUGGACUUGGACGUGGACGAGGACGUGGACGUGGACUUGGACGUGGACGUGGACGUGGACGUGGACGUGGACGUGGUCGUGGACGUGGUCGUGGACAUGGUCGUGGACGUGGUCGUGGACGUGGACGUGGACGUGGUCGUGGACGUGGACGUGGAGGACGUGGACGUGGACUUGGACGUGGACGUGGACGACGUGGUCGUGGACGUGGACGUGGACGUGGAGGACGUGGUCGUGGACGACGUGGACGUGGACGUGGACGUGGAGGACGUGGACGUGGACGACGUGGACGUGGACGUGGACGACGUGGACGAGGACGUGGACGUGGUCGUGGACGUGGACGUGGACCUGGACGUGGACGUGGACGUGGACGUGGACGUGGACGUGGAGGACGUGGUCGUGGACGUGGUCGUGGACGUGGACGUGGACGUGGUCGUGGUCGACGUGGACGUGGACGUGGUCGUGGAGGACGUGGACGUGGACGUGGACGUGGAGGACGUGGAGGUGGACGUGGACGUGGACGUGGUCGUGGAGGACGUGGACGUGGACGUGGUCGUGGAGGACGUGGACGUGGACGUGGACGUGGAGGACGUGGAGGUGGACGUGGACGUGGACGUGGACGUGGACCUAGACGUGGACGUGGACAUGGACGUGGACAUGGACGUGGUCGUGGACGUGGACGUGGACAUGGUCGUGGACGUGGACGUGGACGUGGACGUGGACGUGGACGAGGACGUGGACUUGGACGUGGACGAGGACGUGGACGUGGACUUGGACGUGGACGAGGACGUGGACGUGGUCGUGGACGUGGACGUGGACAUGGACGUGGACGUGGACGUGGACGUGGUCGUGGACGUGGAGGACAUGGACGUGGACCUGGUCGUGGACGUGGACGUGGACGUGGACGUGGUCGUGAACAUGGACGUGGACGUGGACGUGGUCGUGGAGGACGUGGACGUGGACGUGGACGUGGAGGACGUGGAGGUGGACGUGGACGGGGACGUGGACCUGGACGUGGACGUGGUCGUGGACGUGGACGUGGUCGUGGACGUGGACGUGGACGUGGACGUGGACGAGGACGUGGACUUGGACGUGGACGAGGACGUGGACGUGGACUUGGACGUGGACGAGGACGUGGACGUGGACUUGGACGUGGACGUGGACGUGGACGUGGACGUGGACGUGGACGUGGUCGUGGACGUGGUCGUGGACAUGGUCGUGGACGUGGUCGUGGACGUGGACGUGGACGUGGUCGUGGACGUGGACGUGGAGGACGUGGACGUGGACUUGGACGUGGACGUGGACGACGUGGUCGUGGACGUGGACGUGGACGUGGAGGACGUGGUCGUGGACGACGUGGACGUGGACGUGGACGUGGAGGACGUGGACGUGGACGACGUGGACGUGGACGUGGACGACGUGGACGAGGACGUGGACGUGGUCGUGGACGUGGACGUGGACCUGGACGUGGACGUGGACGUGGACGUGGACGUGGACGUGGAGGACGUGGUCGUGGACGUGGUCGUGGACGUGGACGUGGACGUGGUCGUGGUCGUGGACGUGGACGUGGACGUGGACGUGGACCUGGACGUGGACGUGGACCUGGACGACGUGGACGUGGACGUGGUCGUGGAGGACGUGGACGUGGACGUGGACGUGGAGGACGUGGAGGUGGACGUGGACGUGGACGUGGUCGUGGAGGACGUGGACGUGGACGUGGUCGUGGAGGACGUGGACGUGGACGUGGACGUGGAGGACGUGGAGGUGGACGUGGACGUGGACGUGGACGUGGACCUAGACGUGGACGUGGACAUGGACGUGGACAUGGACGUGGUCGUGGACGUGGACGUGGACAUGGUCGUGGACGUGGACGUGGACGUGGACGUGGACGUGGACGAGGACGUGGACUUGGACGUGGACGAGGACGUGGACGUGGACUUGGACGUGGACGAGGACGUGGACGUGGACUUGGACGUGGACGUGGACUUGGACGUGGACUUGGACGUGGACGUGGACGUGGACUUGGACUUGGACGUGGACGUGGACGUGGACUUGGACGUGGACGUGGACGUGGACGUGGACUUGGACCUGGACGUGGACGUGGACGUGGACUUGGACAUGGACGUGGACGUGGACAUGGACUGGCGUAGCAACCCUCUAUUGGUGUAA